AUGGGUGUUGUCAGGCUUCUCUCGCUGGCGGCCGCCAGCGUUCUCUUGGUGAAGGCCAACGGGGAUGAACCUAAUAACACGGCAGUAAGAGUAGAUUGCUCUUCACAGAUGAACGAAGUUCGGAGCCUUGCGGGCUUUAGCGGACUCCAAAAAGAAACAGAGUCUUCGGGGCAACUUCCAAUUUAUUCAGUAAACCCCGCCAGUCGCACCGGCGCUAAUAACGGAGAAUCCCUAGACAAAACAUACCUGUCGAAGGUUUGCAAAUCUAUGAAGGAGGAAAAGAUGGCAGAGUCUGUACAGACAAUUACACCAGAUGGUACCUACGCCUACGCAGUGCAAGACGGAACCACCGCCGACUGCGAGGCCGCAGUGACUUACUGGAAAGAAGCCUUCACCAACUUCGAAGGCCUGCCGCCAGCUAACAGCACCGACACAACUGUGUACAAAAGCGCCCAAAAUGUCUCUUUCAUCUCCCUGUUCAACCCCAAGGAGAGUCCCAAGGUGGACUGCGCAUACCAUCAAGAACAGUGGGAUCGCAUCACCAAGGCCAUCAAUUCCGGCAGCGCAGCAGUGCCGACAUUCUUCGCCGUUGCUGCAGCAGCAGUGGCUGCUCUUCUCUUGCUCCUCUCUUUGGCGGCGGCCGCCGUCCUCUUGGCUAGGGCCGACGGGCAGGAACAAGAAAACGCUGCUACAAACAAGGCAGUACGGGUAGAUUGCUCGUCCCAGAUGAACGCAGCGCGGAGCCUUGCGGGCUUUACUGGAUUCCAAGCAGCGGCAGAUAGUGCUGAUCCUCCUGAACAGCUCCCUAUUUAUUCAUCAAAUACCGAAGGUCGGUCUGGGAGUACCGACCCAAACACAGAGUACCUGACGGCCGUUUGCAAAGCUAUGAAACAAAACACGGCGACUGAAGUGGAUAUUAAACCAGACGGUACCUACGCCUACGCAGUGCAAGAAGGAACCGACGCUGACUGCCAGGCCGCAGUGGAUCACUGGAAAGAAGCCUUCACUAACUUCGACGGUUUGCCUCCUACUUACGAUAAAAGUACAGAUGUUUACAAGUCAGCCAAAAAUGUGUCAUUUAUAUCUCUGUUCAACCCUCAAGAGAACCCCAAAGUGGACUGCGCAUACUUCACAUGCCCAGCAGGGGUGAAGGCUAAGGGAGUCGAUUCUGGAACUGGAGAUGACAAAGAAUUGAAGGCACUUCUGUGUGUUACGACCCCCAAAGCCUUGACAGCGGAAGUAGCUCCCUUCACGUAA